CGACAGCCCGAGAACCGCCUGGAUUUUCUCUCGCACUGGCUUGUAAUCCGACACUUGAACAUCGAUCAGACAGGAGGUGAGAACGCGGCUCGCGAGCAUGAAAGUGGAGGGUGGAGUGGCGACGACGACGGUCCUCCACAAGGUCAAGGUCAAGGAAGAGACGAAGGAAUGCUGCGGCUACCAGCAGGCCUCGCCGUCGUCCACGUCGGCGGCAGCCACCUCAACCGUCGCGACGCUCACCGUCUCGACGGCGAUUGCCACGACCGUCACCAACAGCAGUAACGGCGUCUCUGCCGUGGGCGUAAUUUCAUCGACGACCACCACCGUGUCCACCGUCGCUCCUGCGCUGCAAUCCUCUUCCUCGUCCUCCAGCAUUAUCUGCCAUCCGCCGACGACCAUUUCCAACACCGAUACCUUUCCGGUCGACCUCGACCUCAAGGCCAAGAAUAAAGCACCCACUUCCUCCUCUUCCUCUUCCGCGCUGCGGGAGAAGUCCUCGCGCGAAGAAACGGCUCAGCCCGAGGCGCACUCGCCCUCCUCGCAGCAUCAAAGGAUCGUCCAGCAGAAGCAAACAAACGGUUCCCGAUCGGAAUAUAAAGGCGCGUCCAGAUCCUCGGACAACGACAGCCCGUUACCCUCGCAGUCGCUUAAACCCGAGCUCGAGGACGGGUCAGCCAAUGCCGGGUCUUGCAGGACGGACGAGCAGUGCGAUGGCGCGACACCGACAGCGAACGGCAGCGGCGCGUCCAGAUGCGUCAGCGGCAUUUUCGCAGGACACGGCAAGCUCAAGAGGCUGCUGGGCACUUUGGUGCAAUUUGCGACCGACAUCUCGGCGGACACGGGCGACACGGUGCGCACGUUGGUGCUCACUCUUCUGAGUGGUAGCAUGACCGCGGAGGAGUUUCAUUCGGCGUUACAGGAGGCGACAAACUUUCCGCUCCGAGGAUUUGUCCUGCCAUAUCUUAAGCAUACUUUGCCCUCGUUGCAGAGGGAUCUGAGCAACGCUGCCAGAGCGAAUAAUCAGAGCUGUGCGCAAUUCCUCCGGUCCAACGAAUCCGCUGUCCUGGAGGCUGUCGGGCUGGUCCCGUCCGGCGAAUCCGUCGAGGUCUUUGGCGAGCACGGCGGCGCGAACGGGAUCGCGGGUGGUAAUCAAUGCUCCGCUCAUUACGCGAUGCGCUCGAAUUCUAAUCCCGGCGUGGGCGCAAUUCAGCACGCGGCGGGCAGUAACACCGCGGGCGCGUUGCAUCAUUAUCCUGGCGCGGCUCACGCACCGAAGCGCCGUGCCUCCGACACCCCGUACUACGAGAACGGUGCGCUCCUAGACGACAUGCCGGUGUACGGCAAGAGGUCCACCAAUCCGUGGAGCCAUCACCAUCAGCAGCAGCAACAGCAACAACAACAACAGCAACCGACGGAUCCGUCUUACUGCUGGUAUCAUCCGCUGCAUUCCUCGAGCGGAUCGAUUCAAGGUCACGCGCACGGCCACGGCCACGGGCCAAGUCCGUUGCCGCCUAGUCUCGUGCAGAUUAAUCAAAUAAAUGCGUUCUCGACGCCGCAUCACCUCGCGCAACAGCCGCAGCAGCCGAUGAGCCACGGGCUGCAGAUCCAGAACGGCGGCAGUCUCGACGACGAGUGGAAGAACAUCCACGUGAUGCUCAACUGCAUCCUCGGCAUGGUUGAGAAGACCAAGAGAGCGCUGGCGAUCCUCCAGCGACGAGGAUGCUCCAGUCCAGCGGCUGCGGCACCACCACCGGGUAUGGUCGCGGCGCAAAAUGGCACAAGCAACAACGCCAAUGGCAACAAUCCCUCGUCGACCAACGGCGCGCAGGUCGAGUCGUCCACUAACGACCGAGACGGUAGUUUGAAGCGACUUUCCGGGGAGAUCGUCGCGCAAACGAUCAAGGCGACCGAGGACAAAGUAGCCGAAGUCAAACGAAGAGCCGAAGAAGCCGUGUUGGAAGUGAAAAGAGCCGCAGUGGCAGAAGUGCAACGUGCCGUGGCUGUUGCGGUCGCGGAAUCCAGAGCGAGCGAACGUUUGAGGGUUCAUCGGCUGUUGGAUCUUCCGAUGUCCCAGAGGAACCACAGCAGUCUGCGCCAGAGCUCCUUCCUGAGGGUUCAUGGAAGUUCGAGCGCGGUCGAGGCCAGGACGACGCCAACGACAACAUCAAACUCGGCGCCGUCGACCACCGAGGACGAGAAGGAUAUACAUCUCACCAGCGUAAUGGGAUCCAGCUGUUGGAAUUGCGGCAGACCCGCUCUGGAGACCUGCGGCGGCUGCGGAAUCGCACGAUACUGCGGCUCCUUCUGCCAACAUCGCGACUGGGAAGCCGGUCAUCACACGACCUGCAAUAAUCUGCCGCCGCGCGAACCGCGCAGAUCGGCCUCGCGCAGUCCGCCGAGAAUCACGACCGAUCCGCGCAAUCUCUCCGCGAGCGUGAACGAGGUCGACGCCACGCCGGUGCCGUCCGUCGGAGUCUCGAAGGGAAAGUGACGUCGCGGCGCGAGAAGCAAUACGGGGGGCCGCAACCCCGUUAGAACGAUUGACUACGAGUCGCGUUGAGAGAUUUCCAGGACUGCUCUGCAAAAAAAAAAUCGAUGAAUUAAAACCGAGAGGAAUUUAUUCGUGUAAAAUCAAACAUCAAUUUUCAAAAUCGGAAUUUUACCAUUUCGUUUCCAUUCGUUUCCCGUCGCUUCUCGGAAAGCAGAAAAAAUCGAUUUCCAUUUUUUUGGAAAAUAAAAUAUUCACACGAUCGCGAGAUAAAAUUCCUGCCAAUGCCGCUUUAAUUAAUUUUUUUGCAGAGUUCCCUGAUCAUACAUCUUCUGCGUACUCUCUCUCUCUUUCUCUCUUACGUUCUUUCUUUUUCCACGAAACCGACCAGAGAUUUUCUUCUUGACAUGCUCGAAAUUUCUAUUGUAAUUUUAACAUAAAUCGCUGAAGUGAUUCUAAUCUAAUUGAUAAAAAAAAAAAAAAAAUAUUGGAGUCUCCUCGAGGAUUUGUACCGUUCAAGUGUAUACAUGUAUCGAGAAUUUUAAAGUUUACGCUUUCGCGCCACUGAGAUCAAACGUGAUCAUUAAAAACGGACAUGUGUGCGAGAGCGAGUAAACUUCUUAGGUAACUCGAUUUACACACGCGCCUCGAGUAAAACGUCGGGAAGUUUGAUAAAUGUGUGCUUCGAGACUUCACUUCAAUUGAUUGCAAAACGGGCAAACUGAUUUCGCGUCAAAUAGCGUAAACCACGUAGGUGUUUUGCGUUUUUCCGGAUAUAUAUAGAUAGAGCCGAAAUAUAAUAACGCACAGCACACACUGUCGUAAAUGUACACGUGUUUAUCUCAUCAUCGUGUCAGCCGUUCUUCUUUUCAUCUCUUCUCUCUCUCUCUCUCUCUCUAUCUCUCUAUCUCUCUUUACCGAAGUAUCACACAGAUCUCCACUUAUUAUCUAGAAUUACAUCAAACAAUAGAAAAUAAUAUGCGUGUUUUCUCACAACGGCUUUCGCGCAACCGAGAGAAUUAAUAAUAGAUAAAACAAUUGAAUUCAACGAGUCGGGCAAAUGUGCGCGUGUUGCGUAACGAAUUUUUCGUUACUGUUCCGAGUCGACAUUAUUAGCAAUAAAAAAAAAACAAAAAACGUAGCGUUUACGGAGAUAAACUCUCUCUUUCUAUUAGAGUAGAGAUUUCUUUCGCCAUUAGCGAAUCAAAUUCUUUACGACGUACUUGUCUAAUUAGCGAACUUUCACGCGAUUAUAGCGAAUGCAUUUUUCUUUCUGCACAAACUCGGCACAGAAAAAAAAUUCUUUUUUUUUUUCCCUCAGACGUGUGUCAAAUACACGCGAUGAUAUAUUAUAAAAAUCCACGAGACGUUGUGCACGACUUGAUAUAAAUUUUUUAUCGAUACAACUUUUCGUGUCUCGAUGUCUUAACGCCACAGAUUAUGAAAAAAAAAAAAAAAAAAA